AUGUCAACCUCGAUUCCAGAAACCAUGAAGGCUGUCGUCAUUGAAAACGGUAAAGCUGUUGUUAAAGAAGGUGUUCCCAUUCCUAAAUUGGAGGAGGGUUUCGUUUUGAUUAAGACAUUUGCUGUUGCUGGUAACCCGACUGAUUGGGCACACAUUGAAUACAAGGUUGGACCUCCAGGCUCUAUCUUGGGUUGCGAUGCUGCCGGCCAAGUUGUCGAAUUGGGUCCAGGCGUCAAUCCUGAAGACUUUUCUGUUGGAGAUUAUAUUUACGGGUUUAUCCAUGGUUCCUCCGUAAGAUUUCCCUCCAAUGGUGCUUUUGCUGAGUAUUCUGCCAUUUCGACUGCGUUUGCCUACAAAUCAUCCAACGGGCUUAAAUUGUGCGGUGAGAAUAGUCUACCUUCGGGUCCUGUCAGAUCCCUGGAAGGUGCUGCCACUAUCCCAGUGUCACUGACCACAGCCGGCUUGGUGUUGACGAAUAAUUUAGGCUUGAGCUUGGAAUGGGAGCCAUCUACUCCACAAAGGGACCAUCCUAUCUUACUAUGGGGUGGCGCAACUUCACUAGGCCAAUUAAUCAUUCAACUAGCCAAAAAAUUGAACGGUUUCACCAAGAUCAUUGUUGUCGCCUCUCGGAAGCACGAAGAGCAAUUGAAAGAAUAUGGUGCCGACGAAUUAUUUGAUUAUCACGAUUUUGAUGUUGUUGAACAAAUCAAGAAGAAAUAUAACAACAUUCCAUAUUUGGUCGAUUGUGUCGCUAAUCAAAAUACGCUUCAACAAGUGUAUAAAUGCGCGGCCGAUAAGUUGGAUGCCACCAUUGUCGAACUAACUAAUUUGGGCGAAGAAAACGUCGAAAAGGAAAACAGGAGACUAAACGUGACCAUCGACAAAACAAGGCUGUAUGCAAUAGGUGGCCACGAAAUUCCCUUCGGAGGGGUCAUUUUCCCAGCCGACCCCGAGGCCAGGACUGCUGCCAUCAAAUUCGUCAAAUUUAUCAACCCAAGAAUUAAUGAUGGAAAAAUUCACCAUAUUCCAGUUAAGAUCUACAAAAACGGACUAUACGACAUUCCUCAUAUAAUCGAAGACAUUAAAAAAGGUAAAAAUUCUGGUGAAAAGCUAGUUGCCGUAUUGAACUAG